AUGCUCAGAAGAGGGGCGGCAAGAGACAGGGCGGCGGGCGAGAAGCUUCCCACCAACAAGGCUUUGCCCGAUCAACAGCUGCCGGUAGCGAAGCCGGACUGGGACGUGAAGCCGGCCCCCAAGCCGCCAGUCGAUGUCCAUGUCCCCAACGGGCAACUCGCUGUUGGCGCUAGACCCCCAUCACCGCCUGAAUCGCCGCCUCCGGCCUCAGCAGCGCGCGGGCCGCCUGCCCCAGUCAUGGCUACCUUGAUCGAUCCAGUUACCAGUGCCAUACCAUCUAUGGCCCUCGCAGUUCCUACAACGCCCCCGCCAACCUCCCCCCCGUCACGCCCGUCUCUCAGCGCCAGACCCCAGCGAGCCCGCGACCGGCUCAUGCCCGCGCAACUCCAUGUGCCGCCACCUCCGCCGCUGGCCCGACCUGUUGCGGACCAGGAGGGGCUGGCCGGAGCAAGGAAUGAGCUCAGCGCGCUCGAUGAGCAAAUGAAGCGGCAGAAGGAGCUCAUCAGGGCUUCUCAGUUGAACAAAGAGAGGCAGGCCAAUGCGGCCGGCGAACAGGUUCGCAGUCUCAGGGAGCAUGUGCAGCGCCUUGAGGCCGACAACGGCGUUCUCAAGGCCGACAACGACAUGCUCAAGGCCGACAACGACAUGCUCAAGGCCGGCAGCCUGAAAGCCGACGUCGACAAGCUGAAAACGGAGAAGCAGACGCUCGAGAUGCGGGGCGUCGAGCUGAGCAAGAACGUGCACAGGCUUGGCGCGGACAGACACAAGUUAGAGGCCCAGGUUACGGAGCUUGGCGGAACCAACAAGAACCUCAAGGGCGCCGUCGACAGACUCGGCGCAGAGAAGCAAGUUCUGGAGACGAAGGUGGCGAGGUUGGAAGUGACCAUCGAGACCAUGAAGGCCACCGUCGCCAAGUCUGAUUCGGACAAGAAGCAGCUCGAGACCAAGCUUCAGACUACCGCAGAAAAUAUUGAGGCGGAGAGGAAGCAGUUCGAAUCCAAGGUGCAGGCAGUUGUCGAGAAGGCAAAGCAUGACCGGAAGCAGAUGGAAUCGGCCCUCCAGUCUACCAUUGACAAGGCGAAGGACGACCGCAAGCAGCUCGAGGCCAAGCUCGAAGCCACUAUCAGCAAGGCGGACGAUGACCGUAAGCAGCUGGAGACCAAGCUCCAGACCACUGUCGACAAGGCCAGCACGGACAAGAAGCAGUUUGAGACGGCGCUUCAGUCUGCCACGAGCAAGGCUGAGGAUGAUCGCAAGGAGAUCGUGGCCAAGCUCCAGGCCACUGUCAACAAUGCCAGCCUGGACAAGAAGAAGCUUGAGACGGCACUUCAGUCUGCCAUCGACAAGGCGGAGGAUGAUCGCAAGCAGCUCGACGCGGCGCUCAAGGCAGAGGCCAGCGCGGCGGACGCCGAGAAGACAAAGCUACAAGCGGCGCUCGACGGCUCGAACCAGGACCUCGCCAAGCUGCAGGCAGAGCACGCGGAGCUGCGCGAGGACCGCGACAUCCUCGACGAGGACGUCAAGUACCUCGAGGAGCACAUCCGCGUGUGGGACGCCAGCAACAAGAAGGCCAUCCAGCAGUGGAGGAACCGCUGCAACCAGCUCGCCAGGCAGCUCGCCGAGAGCAACAAGCUGCUGGAGCAAUGGGCCGCGGGCGACGCGGGCGACGACUAA